AUGGACAGUAGUCCCGGACUUCACGCAGCAAAACGUCAAAAGCGGCGGGCUGUGGCUUGCGAUCGAUGCCACUCGCAUAAGAUAAAGUGCUCCGGGGAGCUGCCAUGCCAAGGAUGCAUAUCUGCGAGAGUAGACACCGAAUGCCGCUAUCGUCCGAGGGACAGAAACAUCACAAUCCCGGAGAGUACAUUAGAGAAGCUCGAAGCCGAGAUACGCGACCUCAAGGCUGAGACACGCGACCUCAAGGCUCAGGCGGCAUCCAGAUCGCCCAUCACAGAAGCGAGCACGUAUGAGCCGCGUUUUGCCGCCCGAGAAGAACAUUCCACUGACCAUACGACCGUCGAACCCUUCCCAAACCCGCUGCUGGAUGCUCAGCAUGGCCUCUUCUCCGAUCAGGCAUCAUCCGAACCAGUCUUCGUAGGCGAGGCCGCGUGCACUGCUUUUGGAGACCGGCUUCUCCAAUGCGUAUCGAUGGACCCUACUCAAAUUUCAUCCAAUACGAUUCCCGAUCAUGUCGUUCAUCCUGUGUUCAAUCGCUGUAUGAACGCCGCAUUCCAGCUCCCCAAUAGAGCCCAGGCUAUAUUGCUAGUCCGCAGAGUAGAUCGAUUUAUCGGAAGCAACUAUCACCUAAUGCUGAAGAAGUUAUUCUUUGAGCGAUUCGACAGAAUCUACAACUCGAAGCAGGCACCGGAUGUAGCCUGGGCCUGCCAUCUAUUCGCUUUGCUCGCUUUGGGUGAGCUGUACUCCAAUUGCAAGUCAAAUCCUGAAGAUGACAAGAUUCCUGGAAUGUCAUGGUUCAUCUUGUCGAUCCGGCUCUUGCAAGACCUGUAUGAGGAGGCCUCCCUCGAACAGGUCCAGAUCUUGAUACUAUUGUCCCACUAUGCCAAUGCUCUAGGUAGAGUCAAGACUUCGCAUGUGUAUUGUGGCAUUGCUAUGAGGCUCGCUAUUGGACUAGGUCUACAUCGGACUCAAUCUGGAGCAAGUACCAUGGAUCCGAUCCAUAGGGAACACCGGAGGAGAACAUGGUGGACACUGUAUCUUUUCGACAGACUUACUUCUUCCAAGCUGGGUUAUCCGCUAGCAAUACAAGACAGCGACAUUGACGUCGAGUUACCGUCUAUGAAUGGACUUUCUGCCAGCGAACAGGAAGAGUUCAGUGAUCCCGUGCAUCUAGUGGCACAUGUCAAGCUAGCUAGGAUAACAGGCAGUAUAUUAACUGACAUCUACUGCCCGCCAAAUCACAGCAAGAUCAGUUUUGUUUCACGCGUGCAUCGUGUUCUCAACGACUUGARGCGCUGGGACGAUGAGUUGCCCCCGAGACUUCGUUUCCACGCCGAGGAACCUCCUCGAGAUCUCUACACUCUACACAUGCACUAUCACCUGUGCAUAAUUCAAACCACGAGGCCCAUCCUUCUCCAUAUCUUUAAGACAAGGCAUCAGGCCACUAGGGAUGCUAUCGACCACACUCAGAAAUUCUCUCAGACGACUCACGCGUUAGCUGAUAGCUGCAUCCAAGCAGCUCGCACCACCAAUCAACUGCUCUCGAAGCUGUUUGUGGAAGGGAACCUUGYGGUCUUUGGCUACUUUGACGCACACUACAUCUUUUCAUCUACAUUAAUACUCAUCAUUGCCGCAGUGAUGGAGCCCACAGCCGCCAUUUCCGACGCUGUACAGAUGGCGUUCAACCUCCUCACAGCUCAGGCAGGCAGCGGAAAUGUCUCGGCGAAAGACUACUUGACUCGACUACAGAACAUUCGAUCGACCGUCGGCGCUGCUCGUAGGGAAGCCGAGAGAAGGAAGGUGACUGCAGCUACACUGCAGCGUAUGAGUUACGCUGGGCAGCAGGAACCUCCCCCUGAAACCUCUAUAAACUCAGCGGAUGAGUUUCUCGGGGAACAAAUCGACUGGAAUCUGGCCGAGACAUUGUUGAAUGGAGAGAAUAUCUCCGGCGAGGGUCCGCUUGGGAACCCAUUCAUUGAGACUUUUCUCGCCGAGAAGGCUUUCGAAUGGCCUGGAGCAUCGCCUGAACAAGACUUUCUUCGAGAUUUCGCUCGCGAGCUUGAAGACGAGUACAUAUUUGGUGCAUGA